GGCAAUUUUGGGACUCGAACGAAGAAAAAGUUUGGCCAUCGACAGCUCGUGCGAGCAAUGUUGUUAACGGUAAAGCUUCUAUCCCUGUGCAACGCUCGAAAAUGUCAAAGCCAUUUAAGACGUUCAUUGUGAUCCUGAUAAUAUCGAGCAUCGCGUCGUCGGGUGCUCAAGAGACCACUACUCGUGCUCCACAGACCGGAAACCCUGUGCAACCGUCCGGAACAGAUGGAAGUUCCACAUCUCUAGCCAGUACCGACGGCAGUAGUAGCGGUACUGGUGGUGGUGUCAGUGGUCUGAUCGAAAGUAUAAUAAGCAUACCAGCCACGCUACUCAGCUUCAUUUUGUCCCCGAUCAGAGCAUUACUGAGCGUGGUUCUGGGUGGCGUGGGAAAUCUAGUAGGAAGCAUACUGAACGGGGUAUUCAGCUUGGUGGGAACGAUCUUGUCUCCGAUUUUUUCUCUCAUCGGGAUACCAGUGGAUAUUGCUGAGGAUGCAGCAGGUGGUGUCGGUGGUUUGGUGCGCGAAAUAUUGAAAAUCGUAUUUUCCGACAUACUUGGAAUAGGGAGCAGUUCUACCGCCUCUUCGUCGUCUGUCACUCAAGCUAGUGUAACUUCGGCUUCUGGUAGCAGAGGUCCAAUUGUUGUAACUCCAGCGACACUCGUAACAAUAGGACCCAGGGUGAGACGCGAUCUCGUCAUGGACACUAUCAUGGAUAUAACGUCUUAUGUCAACUCUGUAAUACACUCCUUCCUGUUGAAUCUAUCUGAUUCUACGCAGGACGCGGCCUCUGAUUUCAUCCAUUGGGGAUGGGCGUGGGCGAAGAAAGCUUUACUGCCGAGAGUGGAUCAGCUUCUCGUCGAAGCUAAGGACUCCCCGUGGAUAUCGACUGAUAUGGCCCAAUGGUUCAACGACUUGCACGAGAUGUACGCUUGGCUCCACAUGUUCGGAAUAGUUUAAUCCGAUUUAUUCAACUCCGAUUUUAAUCGACGCACUACUUUCAACAAUAAGAUUUUAUCAUCUUUGUAUUUUUAUUGUGACUCUUUUUUUUAAAUCGUGACACCUUUCUUCAACAAUGAAAUCAAUAAAAUACGAAGUUGAGCCCAGUA